AUGAGCUACUUCAUCCAAAACAACAUCCCAGAGGUCCAGCGUGUUGCAGUUCACAGCCAUUUCUUCGUGCCUUGUCCAAGUGUUACAGCACCGGAAAUGGAGUUCAAAUUACAGGGUCCAAAAAUGUCCGUAACCUUUGUACAUAGGAAUAUCACACAUCCUGGAGCUUCAAGUGGCCCACAAAUAAACGCUAGUCACUGUGUGAAUAUGGGUGACCGUGCUUCAUGUUUUAUCAUUUACGAUGUGAAUGAGGAUAAAACGGGUCUGUAUACAUGCAAGGCUAAGAAGAUGUAUCCCCCGCCAAUGGAAAACAUCAAGGAGGAACCGAGCACGAUUGUGAUUGUUGAAGACCAACAGUGCACGCCGAACAUUCCAACACAGAGUCCUCUGUCCAGUCAUCUCCUGCUGUCGCUAGGGCUUGGAGUGCUGACCAUAUAUACUCUAAUAAUUACUUACAUCGCUUUAUCACUCAGGUGCCGUCUGAGAAAGAAAAACUUGGCUUCGCAUGACUACAUAAACAUGAAGCCACGAACACGGCGGAAGAAGCAGGGUGUCCUUCACCCGACACGUCUCAGCUGGUACAGAGAAACGAACACUAGCAUGGCGGUCAACAAAAACCCGCCUUCCAGAAGAAUAGCCUAUUAAACCUGUAUCUGGAACACCCCAGAACUGCACGUUUGAGUUCCCCUGCUCUUAUACAGUACAUCUAUUAGAACCUAAAGUGUAUUUUUGAGGUAGUCAGUGUUUUUAUGUGUGUAGAAGUUAAUUAAAGCUAGCUGUUCCCAAACAUGCUCACUGCAGCCUGGGUAAGAAAAAUUGAUUCUAGUAGAGGAGGUGAGUCUAGAUCCCUUCAUGUAGUGAUUAGUUAAAUGUCAUUUACCUGUGAUAGCUCAGUCGUUAAGGUACUGGACUAGUAAUCAGAAGGUUGCUGGUUCAAGCCCCGCCACCACCAAGUUGCCACUGUUGGGUCCCUGAGCAAUUGCUCAAAAUUGUGUUCAGUCAUAAUUGUAAGUCGCUUUGGAUAAAAGCGUCUGCUAAAUGCUGAAAAUGUAAAUUUACCUCAUGUGUACAGAGCCAAAGGCAGCAGCAAAGACCGUAUGUUUUCCUAAGUAGAUAUUUAAUCAAACCUUUCAUAAACCUUAGAAAUUUUGCUCAGACAUAAAAAAUCACUGUCCCACCUUUCUGAGCUGCUAUGGAUGAAUCAGACAUGUUUGAGCAGAGAAAAUAUUAAAAGUGCAGGAGGACCGUGACUAUCAAACUGCACUAAUUUAACAUCAGGGGAUUUAACCACAUUUGCUUUUACUUUGUAACUGUGUAGAGACUGUAGCAAAUAUACAAUCCCAACCCCCCAAAAAGUUGGGACAGUAGGAAAAAUAAAACAGACAGCAAUAAUACAAAGACCAGAAAUGUAAAGUUCCUGGAUGUUGUUGACUUAUGACUUCCAAUUUCUGUCAUCAUGUCUUAACUUGAAUUUGUUGUGUUUACU